AUGAGGAGAGUCAGCCAGGCAGACCUGUUGACUUACGGGGGCCUACCGCCACCCCCUUUGCAUCAUUUGUAUGAACCGACUAUCAAGGAUAAGAUGUGUUUCCAUUCCAUUACAGUAAUGAAGCCAUUCCAAAAUUAUUCAUUUGAAGAACUUCGUUUCACUUCACCACCUGUAAAGAGAUCAGGUGAAAAUAUGUUGGUUCGUCCGAAUUCUGAUGGUUCCUACAGUGCUACUUGGACUCCAGCAUCUAUUGGUUGUUACUCUAUAGUAGUAAAUAUUGACGGAUAUGAUAUGGAAGAGAUCUUCAAAGUAGAGGUGAACGAACCACCUCAAGGAAUGACGCCACCAAAUCAGAAUACCGCCAAAAAGUCUGAGCAUCAACCCAGCAAGUUGAGAAAAUUCGUUGCCAAAAACUCUGCAGGGCUCAGAGUGAGAGCACACCCUUCAUUGCAAAGCGAACAAAUAGGAGUUGUGCAUGUUAAUGGGACUAUAGCUUUCAUUGAUGAGGUUAAGAAUGAUUCUAUAGUAAUUGGGGAUUCAUUUAGACCUUUUUUUUAUUCGAAAAACAAAUCGGCAAAUACAAGUGUGAAUUACCAAGUUAUCAAAUGUGGGGCAUCUGGUCACAACGUCAGAAGCCGUCCAAGUUUCAAAGCACCUCCAGUAGGAAUGUUGGUACUAGGAAACAGAGUAGGUGUCACUGAAUACACUGUUAACUCAGACGGCUGUUGGGUUAUGUUAGAUAAAGCCACCAAAGAUAAAUAUUGUUUCAAUUCUGAUUCAGAAGCUUGGUCUCUAGCAAUUGGUCACAAUAAUGUUUUGUAUCUGGGAAACAUCAACGAAACAGAAGAAUAUCCGAAGUUGACUCAAGAGAUCGAUGCUUCCAGGAAACAAAAAAGGGGUUUCAAUUUUUCUCUCAAAUCAAAUGAAUCUAGCUUCUCAUUCUCAGCUCAGAGUUCUUCUGAUAAGGAAGACGUUAUUUCAACUAAUCCUUUCAUUUUUGGAGAAAGUCCGCCUCCCGAGAGGAAACCUUCAAAGAAAGAUAAAAAGGAGAGCAAACUGAGUAGCCUUCCAAAAUGGUUCAAGAGUGAAGAUUCUAAAAAUGAAUUGCAUUCUCCGAUAAGGCCGCCUAGUGAAGGUGGAGCAAAUGGUAAUGGAAUAACCCCUCCAGAUACACCCAAAAGAUCACAGAGCCCUAGAGGCCCAAAUUCGUCUCCUAAAAUUUCGAGUAGGAGUUCCAGCCCUGUUGCAAUUCCCUUAUGCGGUACUGGAAAUGAGACAACAGCAAGAAGAGGCUCAAAUCAGUCAGACACUAGCGCGCUGGUAAGCAGUCUGACGAGAGACGUGUCACAGUCACCUAGUCAAGCCACCCAACCGAGAGAGAUGUCACCCAGUCCAAGCUGUAGUUCAGUACACACCAACAGAUCAGAAUCGAGUCCACUACAUACACCAUACUCGAAAGAAGUCACUGAUUUGGAUCAGAGCCCCAAAAUACUCACUCAAACUGGUACUCAAACAUCACCUGAGAACUGCAACAACAUUCCAAUCAAAACGAACUUUUCCAUUGGAGCUGCAGGAAAGGAAGAAAAACUUUCCCCAAAAAUGUCACGCAAAGAUAGGAGCGUUGCAAAAAUCAGACCUAAAAGGGCAAUUUCACCAGCUAAUAUGCAGCAGUUGCCAGCAAGUACAAAAAUCAGUUAUGGAUCCGAAACAGCUAAACAAGCAAUGAGUCCUUCAGUAGCCGAAUCUUUAAGAGCUGUCUUUGCUGCUUUCUUAUGGCAUGAAGGUAUCGUUCAUGAUGCAAUGGCUUGUGCAUCUUUCCUAAAAUUCCACCCAACACUUCCCAAACAGGGUGCCCCAGUGGUGACCCGUCAACAAGACAGCCUCAUGGGGAGGCACAAAGAACUAACCAAAGAAGAAAAGGCAAGACAAAGACAUUCAGUUGAAGUCAGCAAUGCAGGCAACUAUCUACACAUCCAACCGUCGACUUUAGAAUCUCUCACUCGAUCUGCUGCAAAUGCAAGUGCAAAUAGAAAUAGAAGGAAGGUUAAUGAGGGAGUGAUAAAGGAAGAAACUAGCACUGAUAGCUACGGUUAUCAAACAAUUUCGGUACUUCCUCCCGCGCUCAAAUCAUUGGUGUAUUUAUGGGAAGAACUAACCUCAAAUUGUCUUCAAUUAGUGACGCAACAAGUUGGUGGCGAUAGUCCAGAUAAGGGAAAGAAGAGUGAUAAGAAUGAUAGUAGGGAGAAGAACAGUCAUCUUGAGAAGGAGUCUAGAAAAUGUAGAAAAAAGAAGAUACCUUCACGAAACUAUUUAGAAGAUUUAGGUGGUAUUUCCAGCUACCUGCAAUCAUCUGGUGUAGAAACGUUAUGUGAGCUAUGCGGGGAAAGCUUUCCGCAUCCCGUCACCUACCAUAUGCGCCAAAUUCACACUGGAUGUGGUCAACAUGCCGGAGGCAAAGGUUACAAUUCCGGCGGGAGUUAUUGCCUCGGAUGGGCUGGAAACUGUGGCGAUGGAGGAAUCCAAAAAUAUAUGAAGUCUGAUCGAGGAGGAAAACCAUCGAACUUUCGCCAAAAACCAUCAGUCGACCGUAGAAAUGUGUCAACAAAAUCUCUGUCAUCUCCUUGCACCAGUCUAGAACCGCACAUAAUAAUGAAAAACAAUGCCAUGUUCUUGUUGGACUUGGCAAGCUCUGCAGAACCGAAUAUAUCUCACCAAAGGCGGUCUUCUGCAAACAUAAUGCCCUCUGUUUCCGAGAACAUGUCACCUCCCGACUGUUCGGGGCCUUUCGGACCGCCUCCUUCCUUCCAGUGUUUGCAAGCCCUUGGGGCUAACUUGGCAGAUGAACCUUCCUUUUAUGGGGAUGUGUUACGAAAGUAUGAUUUCAUGGACAAUUUCGGUGUGGGGCCAUCUUCGUCCGGUCAGAGGCCCCUUUCUGAGGUUUCUGCAUCAGACGAUUCAGACAGUAACAAAGGACUAAGAUUCCAUAGAUCUGUAUCUAUGGGAACGAACGGUAUUCCUUGGUCGAAAGCUGGUUAUGAUGGAAGGAUUAUCAUGAUGAGAAAAAGAAAUAACAGUAGUUGUGAAAUAGUAAAUGAGGGAGGUUCUUCUUUGCUCUGUAAUCCUUCUAGUGCACUUCAGAAGUUGAUUCCAAAUAAAUAUAACCUUUCUGCAGUGAUUGCCAAAACAGAUCCAAACAACGCUGUCGAUAACAGUGACCGACUCGCAUUACUACAAAGACCAGUGUUACAAUUUUUGUUGCAGCAACAUGAUCUGGAGUCAUUGCAACUCGCAAUGAAGCAAGCGUUGAGAAAAGCAACAUGUCGUGUCUAUGCGAUGCAAGCUCUGAACUGGUUGUUACGUUCUGUAACCCAACCUGUGUGUCUACAUGACUUACUAUGGUGGUUUGUAACUUCUUUGACACCUAUAGAAAGUGAUAAUGAACUAGAAGACGAUAAUAGGGUACCAAAAAGAGAAGAUGAAAUGGAAUUACACGUAUGCGAGCAUCCACUUUCAGAUAUAACAAUUGCCGGUGAAGCUGUCCACCCUUUACCUAGCACAUUCCAUGCCCUUUUACAAACCAUAGCUGACCUUAUGGUACUACUUCCAAUGGGCUCAGCUCUGCAACAAAUCGCAAUUCGUUGUUGGGGAAUAAGAUUCACUUCUGCUGAUCACUCAUUUUUGCAUCGUUCUCAAGUAUUUAGCAACAUUAGUAAAAUUUUAUCAAGGAGUGAAGAAAUGGAAGAUUUUACUGUCUCGAUGCAUGAAAGCCAUCAAAGUGCUAUGAAUCAAAUAACUGCUACUGUUGAGUGUCUGAAAGAUCUGACCUCAACAAUCGAGAUAAAAGCUUCAAGUCGACAAGCUAUGGUUGGGAGUUUGACAGAUAAUUCUACAGAAACAUUUUGGGAGUCUGGCGAUGAGGACAGAAAUAAGACGAAAAGUAUCACGGUCAUUUGUCCUCAGGGGCAUCAUCCUAUUUUGAUUUGCAUACAUAUUGAUAACUGCAGAGACUUGGGUAAUAAAAUAUCUUCGAUUACAUUUUAUUCGGGACAAAAUACUGACGAGUUGAUAAAACUCAGGACUGUUGAAGUUGAAACUAGAUUAUUGGGAGGUUGGGUUAGUUGUCCUAUAACAGGGCCUGACAACUCUGUACGAGUUCGCCAAAUCCGAGUCCUCGGCAACAUAGAAAGUGAAUCUCUUAGAGUGUGCAAACAGUAUUCAGCCUGUACCCUCCAGCAGAAAUACUGCGAGGCGGAAACUCUUAGAGUCUUUCGUCUCAUAACGUCGCAGGUGUUCGGCAAAUUGCUGCAGGGGGAGGAUGGCCUGAACGUCAACAGUGUGGAUACUCAUACGGGGUCGUUUUCGAUGAGCGAAAGUGGGGAUCCCAAUGAGGAGAGCAAUGAUUUGAGAGAGCACGUGGUUGGGAUCCUAUUUAGUAGGAGUAAACUGACACAUUUGCAGAAGCAAGUGAUCGUUCAUAUUGUCCAAGCAAUCAGAAAAGAAACUGAAAGGGUUCAUGAAGAAUGGGAAUCAAACCUAUGUACUUCUUCAGCUUUCUCUAACCAAAGUCAGGAAGGAACAAAAAAUUCUGAUACCUACUGUUUUGAAAUGCUAUCCAUGGUAUUGGCACUGUCUGGAAGCUCUGUUGGUCGAACCUAUCUUUCUCAUCAAUAUGGGUUACUUGGAGAUAUCCUAACUUUACUACAUACAGGAAGUGCAAGAGUGCAAAGACAAGUCACCUCUUUGUUGAGAAGAAUGUUACCAGAAAUAUCACCUGAGGCAUUUGCGAAAGUUGUGGGUGUGAAAAAAUUACCUGCAAGAGAUUUCAGCAUCGUGUCAGUAUCUAAUAAAGAUUCCAUCUCUGGACAUUUUGAGGUUAAUCAGUUAGGAGUACUGGACGUUUUCCUGAGUAUCAUUGCGAAAUCUUUAACUCUACAAGUGAAAGUAAGGGGUAAAACUGGCAACGGAACAACUCCGAAAGAAAUCAACACUGUAACUUUGGCUACUUCAAUUCAACCAAGAGAUGCUCUAGGAGCAAGAUGGUGGCUAAGAGGUUCAGUCAGUAAGAAACUUGCCGAAGUUAUAGUGCAACUCAUAAAAGACAUGGCUGCUGUUUGCAAAGAAGAGGAAGAAGCUAUAAAAGUUGAAUUACAUGAAGGCUGUGGCAGAACGAAACUAUUUUGGCUGUUGGCCCUAGCAGAUCCUAGGACAUUGAAAGCAUUGAUAGAAUUUAGAGAAGGAGGUACUCGUACAAAGGCAGUUGGCAUAAGUGGUGUAUGCAGAUUUUGUGGUACCACUGGAAAUUCUGGUUUACUAGCUAUCGGGAAUGUUUGUGCAGAUCAUGAAUGUCAGGAAUAUGGUCGUACUGCAUGUUGCAAAUUUCUCAAUUGUGGCCAUAUGUGUGGUGGAGUUUUGGGCGAAACGAAAUGCCUACCAUGUCUGCAUGGUUGUUCAGGUGAUAGUAGUUUGAGACAAGAUUCGGAUGAUAUGUGUAUGAUUUGUUUCACGGAGGCACUAUCAUGUGCACCUGCGAUUCAGUCCGUCAAAAGUACAGAUAACCUGGAUAACGCUGUGUCGGCGUGA